AUGGCGACCAACAGAGGAAUUGUUGUCAUAUCAGGAGGGAGCGCAGCGAACAAUCUCGUCGACGUAUUCAACGCCGUCCGUGAAAGCAAAAAUUGUCCACUUAGCUAUAUCAUUCCAAUCAGUGACAAUGGAGGAUCCUCUUCCGAGUUGAUUCGAAUAUUCGGCGGUCCUGGAAUUGGUGAUGUUCGGAGUCGAUUGGUACGAUUGAUUCCGGAUUCGCCAACAAAUCCUGAAAGGUCAGCAGUCAAGGCAUUGUUUAACCAUCGGCUGCCUGCGGAAGCAGGCAUCGCAACCAAUGAAUGGCAGUCCAUCGUUGAUGGCACAUCUGCCCUAUGGACAGCCAUCACCCCCGCAAAGAAAGAAUUGAUACGCUCAUUCUUCAAUGUACUAAACCUGGAAAUCCUGAAACGUGCCCGACCGCCAUCAUCAACAUUUGACUUCACAUCCGCAAGUGUGGGAAAUCUUUUUUUAACUGCCGCCCGGCUGUUCAGUGGAAGCUUCGAAAGUGCCAUCUAUCUACUCGGGAGUAUCUGUGGCGUUCCGUCAGAUCUGGUGCGCGUAAUCCCUGCAAUCAACUCCAAUUUCUCCCACCAUAUCUCUGCAUCGCUUGCGGACGGAACUGUCAUUGUUGGCCAGAACAGUAUCUCGCACCCAAGCGAGGCGACAGCCCUGGAGCACAACCCACGCUCCAGAAGACCGAGUCUGCUCCUUGCCGAUGGAGACGAUGUUGAUUACACGGAUGCCGAAAUGUCGGACCCAACGACAUACGAAGAAGACCAUCUUCCCGGAUCUCUAGCAACUCUCCGCAACAAGAAUAUCAAGUUCAGUAAAUCCGAGAACGAAGAUUUGAGUUCCAGAAUUACUCGCAUAUGGUACAUCAACCCCUACGGCCAGGAGAUCCGACCACCCGCCAAUCCACGAGUACUGGAAGCAAUCAACGAUUCUCAGGCCAUUAUCUACAGUAUCGGAUCUCUGUACACAUCAAUCAUCCCUGCUAUCGUCCUACGAGGCGUAGGCAAAAGCAUCAUCUCCAGUCCAGCCCGACACAAAAUCCUAAUUUUGAACGGAUCAUUGGAUCGGGAAACGGGGCCUCCAUCCGCACCAUUUGCCGCGUCUGAUUUUGUGGAAGCAAUUGUUAGCGCCGGAGAGGAAAGCCGUGGACGCGGCCCGAUCCUUCAUUCUCGGCAUCAAAGUAAAACUCCCGCGACGACUUCGGUACAAGACAAUGUUCAAAACUACAGAGCCCUUCCAUAUACCAACUAUGUAACUCAUAUCUUGCAUCUGGAUGGUCCGGGGACGCCACAUGUGGACCGGGAGCGGCUCACACAUAUGGGCAUUGAAACGCUUCGUCUUUACGGACGAAAGAUCAUGGCGAAGGAUGGCGAUAAGGAGACUGUUGUGGGGAUGCAAUAUGAUCCUAAUGCCCUUGUGCAGGCCAUUGAGGUAGUCCUGGGGAAGAAGGGGGAUGCAAUGGUUCGGGGGGCUCUGGGGAGUGCGCUGAGUCGGCGGAAUACACUUGAUCCUGCAAGAAGGGACCGAUCGGAUAUGCAAUAG